AAAUAAAAAUAAAAUAGACAAAGAAUAAGAAAACGAAGAAGAAGAAGAAAAAGCCGACAAAAAGGCUACAAGAAGAAUAACAAUAAUGACAAAUAAUAAUUCUGACAUUAUGAUGGCCCGGGACUCUGCCAAUGAAGAUAUUUUUGACUGCAUCGUCAUGGCGGAUGAAAAGUUCCGCGGCGACGGGUACCAAGAAGGCUUUCAGAAAGGGACCGACCAGGGGCUGCAAAUCGGCCGAAGACAUGGGGCUUCUCAUGGGGCGAAACUCUUUACCGAGAUUUCCUUUUAUCAUGGCUUUGCUGUUACAUGGAAAUGUCUUCUUCAACGCGGAAAAGACAACAAACUAAAAAAACGCCUAAAAGCCGUCGUGUCUCUUCUGGACUUGAUCCAAAAUUGCAGCUAUGACGACCCACAAUCUACUAAGCUGCAGGAGGAUGUGGACAGGCUUCGAGGCAAAUUCAAGCAGGUCUGUUCCGUCCUCGGCAUCCAAACGGACUUCAGGGAUUACAGAAAUCUCGCUCAAGGGGCUACCUUCUAGAUCUCUUCGGAGAAGGACCAAGACCUUGGCCAAUGUCCGAUGGCGGAAGCGGGAAUCGAACCUGGAACCCUCAAGUUGCUGGCACGGCCACUUCGUCAACACCGGACGACCAUUUUGGACUCAAUGUCAGUAUUGAUGGUCAAGCCAGCUCUCCUUUCGUGAAUCAUUGCUGAACACGAAUAAGGACAAUCACAGCAGGACUUUGGUUCGGACACGUUUUACGACGCUCGAAACGCAGCGCCUUUCUCAACAUGUCAACUGAAAUAAUUAAAAAGGAUUGUGUUUUUUAUCA